UUUCCCUUUUUCAGUUUUUAUCAGAGUGAUGGAGGCAGGGAAGAUUUUCUUGAUUUUGCUUUCGUUGGCUAUGGUAUUUGGUCUAGUUAAUAGUUUGGAGUUCACUGAAAAAGACAUUGCAUCUGAAGAAAACUUAUGGGAUUUGUACCAGAAAUGGAGGAGCCAUCACACUGUUUCUCGAGACCUAACCGAGAAACAAAAACGUUUCAAUGUGUUCAAGGUGAAUGUGAUGCAUAUUCAUAAUGUCAACAAGAUGGACAGACCUUAUAAGUUGAAACUCAACAAGUUUGCUGAUAUGACCAACCAUGAAUUCAGGAAUUUUUAUAGCUCUAAGAUCAAACACUUUAGAAUGCUUCAUGGUCCCCGCCCUACUACCGGAUUUAUGCACGAGAAGGCUGAUAAUCUGCCAGCAUCUGUCGAUUGGAGAAAGAAAGGAGCUGUUACUGGUGUAAAGGAUCAAGGAAAAUGCGGUAGCUGUUGGGCGUUUUCUACGAUAGUUGGAGUUGAGGGAAUAAACAAAAUCAAGACAGGCAAAUUAGUUUCACUGUCUGAACAAGAGCUUGUUGAUUGUGAAAAGGAUAACGAAGGAUGCAACGGAGGACUAAUGGAAAAUGCAUAUGAAUUCAUCAAGAAAAAUGGAGGAGUAACAACUGAGAAGAUUUAUCCUUACAAAGCCAGCGACAGUCGUUGUGAUUCUUCAAAGAGGAAUUCCCCCGUGGUUAAUAUCGAUGGACAUGAAAUGGUACCUGAAAAGGAUGAGGAUGCUUUGAUGAAAGCUGUUGCUAACCAACCAAUAUCUGUUGCUAUUGAUGCUAGUGGUUCCGAUCUGCAAUUUUACUCUGAGGGAGUGUUCAAUGGAAAUUGUGGCACAGAGCUAGACCAUGGGGUAGCAGUUGUGGGCUAUGGAUCAACUCAUGAUGGUACAAAGUACUGGAUAGUGAAGAACUCAUGGGGGACUGAAUGGGGUGAACAAGGUUAUUUUCGAAUGCAACGAGGCAUCGAUGCUGAAGAGGGACUGUGUGGCAUAACCAUGGAGGCUUCAUAUCCAGUCAAGUUAUCCCCAGACAAUCCCAAACCAGCCCCCUCUAAGGAUGAACUCUAGAUUGGCUCGAGUAACUCUGCUUUACCGCGUUGCAUGCUAUAGUAUUUAUAAAGAAACUUAG